GCGAGGACCGACUGGAUCAUCGGUUGGAUUCGCAAGACCAGGCCGUUGACUUGAUCUUGGUGUUCAUCGAGACACUGCUCUUGAAAGGCCUCAGGGUUACUGAGGUGUCAAAGCAUUCGACGGAGGCCGCCCCCGAGGUUUUCAGGACUGAUGCCAGGGCCGAGGGAGCCGAGAUGCACAUCGGUGGAUGGUCGUGCAUCGACUCCGAUGAUCCUCGGCGUUGUCGCUGGUUUGCAGAACGCAUCAAGCCCGAGGACGCUCCUCUUUUCUUCAUGGCCGGGGAGUCAUACCGGGCCAUAGCCUCGCUUGAACUUCUUGCCACGAUGGUAGCGGUCAUAUUGUUCACACCCAAGGGUGCAGGUCCAUCGCGAACAGUUUGCUCUGCGGGGACGGACAACAAGGGGAACUCUCACAUCGUGGCGAGGUGGCUCACCACCUCUUUUCCAUUAGUGGCCGUGCUCAUGGAGUUGACGGCGGUCUUGUUGGAGAAAUCUUGCAUGUUGGAGCUCGCGUGGACUCCGCGUCUCCAAAACGUUUUGGCGGACUCGUUGACGAAUGGCGACUUCAAACAGUUCAAUCCUGAGCUGCGGAUGAGGUUUUCGUUCGCUGAAUACCAAGGUCGCAUUCUUAAACCUUUGCUACAGACGGGCUCUGCUCUCUACGGUGAGAUCGCUGAAUGGAAAGAAAAGCGGCUGUCCAAAACGGCUACGAAGCUUAAGAAGGCUGAGCGUUUGCGCGAGAAGGAUCCUUGGAAGUGA